AUGCCGUCAGCUACUCUUACGGGGGCUUCAGGGCCUCUGCUCUGCGCUGAUCUGCCCCCCCUGGAAGUGGGCAAGGGCCGAAAAGUGCACAUACAAGACCUUGUGGCUCUCUGCCGUUCAGCAGCAGUUGCCAUUCUCGACGUCUACACACGACCGGAGGAGGAGUGGGAGCUAGAACACAAGGAAGGGCACGAACCCCUUACAAAAGCGGAUUUAGAUGCAAAUGCGAUAUUGACAGACGGACUGCGCAGGCUGUGCCCGGACUGUCUGCUAGUUUCUGAGGAAAGCGCUCUAGCCUCUCAUGAGGAUCGGCAGGCCGCUGAAUUCGUAUGGCUAGUGGACCCCCUAGAUGGUACAAAAGAAUUCCUUAAACGCAGUGGCGAAUUCACUAUCAACCUGGGUCUCUGCCGAUAUGGCGAUCCUGUUUUCGGGAUUGUAGCAGUUCCAGUAGAAGACCGGAUCUACUUGGGUGGAGUUGUUGUUGGGGGUGCCUGGGAGAUGGAAGGCAGCAACCAAACGCUAACUCCAAUGCGCUGCAGUACUUUUAAGUGGGCGGACAAGGGCCUUAGAGUCACAGCUUCAUCCUCUCACAAUUCACCAGGUACUCGGGCAUUCGCUGCGAGGCUCAAUGAGCCCAAACUCAUCAGAGCCGGUUCUUCGCUAAAGUUCGUCCGGCUGGCCCGGGGAGAUGCUGAGGUUUACCCUCGCUUUGCUCUCUGCAGUGAAUGGGAUACUUGCGCACCCCACGCUUUGCUUAGGGCGGCGGGAGGAGAGAUCUGGCGGUGGAGCGACGCGGCUACUGGGGGCCCCCAGGGGCCCCUCGAAUACAACAAACCGUCGCUGCUCAGCCCUUUCUUUGUGGCUGUGGCUCGCCUUCAGGACGGAGAAGACACUGCGCCGCCAGCUGCUCCUUCCUCUUACCAGAAAACAAUAAUACCUGCACAUAAACAACGUGUAGCUGUAACCAGAGGGCACAAUCGUGUCCCUCGAUACCCUACCUCAUGCCUCUCUCCAUCCGGCCCCGAUAUUCUACACUGCAUGGCCACUACACGCCUCGAAAAGCCUCGCGAAACUGUACCCAUAAGGCAAUCGAGGCAAUUUGUGCAGCAGAUGAGCGAGGUGGCUUACUUCUUGAAGUCACCUGCUGCAGCAGAACCAGGCGCUGCAGUGUACGAGAUCGGCUGGUCUCAUGGGAGAAUGGUAUCAUAA